GAAGAAACAUGCAUCUACUUCCUACAUAUUAUUCCUGCAACUGAAAACUAAACAGCAAGCAUGGCAACUCUCCUUCGCAGACUGUUAGUGCCCGGGUGUUCAUCGAGGCGAUGCCUGGGAGUGAUUCUGCGGGAAAUGCACUGCCGGACUUCCACUCUGAAUCCCCGGGACGGACCGCGACUGCUGGCCGGUAGCAGUUUCCCUCUGACGGCGUACAGUCGCACUCAAAGCCGCUGGCAGCACACAACUGCUCCAGAUCCUCCAGAGGUGGAAUUACAUCGGUUAGAGGGGGAAGAUAAUGGGAUUGUGGAGGUGUUGAUGUGCCGACACAAGGCAAGAAACGCACUGGGCUAUGUGUUUGUUUCACAGAUGAGGGGGCUGGUGUACAAGCUGUCUGAUGACUCCACAGUCCGUGCGGUUAUCUUCAGGAGUUUAGUUCCAGGUGUUUUCUGUGCAGGGGCAGACCUGAAGGAGAGAGCUAAGAUGAACAACGCUAUGUCUGAUAACUUUGUUCACAUCCUACGAUCCCUCAUGACUCAGAUUGCAUCAUUGCCCAUGCCCACCAUCGCAGCGAUGGACGGUGUUGCCCUUGGCGGUGGGCUGGAGAUGGCCUUGGCCUGUGACCUUCGCACUGCUGCACAUUCGGCACAGAUGGGUCUGAUUGAGACGACACGAGGGCUGCUCCCAGGGGCGGGGGGCAGCCAGCGGCUGCCAAGGAUGGUCGGCAUGACUCUGGCCAAAGAGCUCAUCUUCACAGGUAAGCGUGUGGGAGGGCAGACAGCUCUGGAGAUGGGGCUGGUAAACAGGUCUGUGGAACAGAACGAGACGGGAGACGCUGCCCACAGAGAGGCACUCAGCCUGGCCAGAGAGAUACUGCCCCAGGGUCCUAUCGCUGUGCGGCUGGCGAAAGAGGCAAUGGAUAGAGGCAUUGAGGUGGACAUCAAUUCAGCAAUGGUAAUAGAAAGGAUGUGUUAUGCUCGGGUCAUCCCCACCCGGGACAGAAAAGAGGGAAUGGAUGCAUUCAUUGAAAAGAGACCCCCGCGGUACACUGGGGAAUAAACUCUUUGCACAUAUUGAAAUGUCUCUCUCCGUCACUCAGCACUACUUCAUGUCUGAUAGACAAUUAAUGCCCAUUGAUUUUGUGUGUGCAUCCCAGACAGUAUCAAUACAUUAGAUAAGGUCAACAUUGGCAGCAAGUGUUGAUUUUUUCCGAGUCAUGAGUGACUAAGGGAGAUGUAGAAAAAGUAGUUUUAUUCUGUUUAUUCACCCGUAUUUCGAUAUUUGUUUGUCACAUUUUAUCCAAAAUAAAAAGAAUCAUCUCCAGUUUA